AUGUCUGCUAAAGGGAGUCCAAGAUAAGAAUAAUUCCAAGAAGACCAAGGAUAGUAAGAAGAAAAUUAAGAAUAUAAUCAGGAAGGGGAAGAAGAAGAAUAAUACUAAUAGUAAUAGUAGCAUUAGGAAGAUGAUGAAUAAAAUGAAUUCUAUGAAAGCAACUCAGGAGUAGUAAAUUAAAGUGAAAACAAUGGUAAUCAUUAAUUAGACACUGAGUAAGAAGAGGAUAGAAUAAUUAGAGAAAGAGAAGAAAGAAUAGCCAAACUCGCUGAAAAUAGACCUCUACCUGAAAAGAAAGACGAUGUUAUAUAAUAUUUAUUCGAAAGGCUUUAAUAAGCUGAAACUGCUUUAUUUGAUUUGCAUUAAAUAAUAUAAGAAGAAGCAAAAGUAAGUUUCAUAUAUCUAAAUAAGUAAGAAUAAAUAUAUAAAUAUGUUUUAUAAAUUUAUAGAAAAAAAAGGAGAUACUAAACGAGUUAAAUGAAAAAACAAAUAGACUUAAUAGUUUGCUUGAAGAAGAAAAAAGCACAAUAAAAGAUAAAGUUUAAAAAGAGCUCAAAGAAACUUUAGAUUUUGCUGUAUAAUAAAAGGUUUAGGUAGAAGAAGAAUAACAGAAAAUUUAAAACGAGUUAGAUAAUGAAAAAUCAAAAUCUGCAGAUCUUGAAAAAUAAAUUACCGAAUUAAAUAGAUAAAUAUCUGAGUAGAAAGUAGAUAUUGCAGAUUUAAAAACUUAAAACCAGCAAUUAGAAGAAAAAGCGUAAAAGUUAAUAGAAGAUAAAGAAAAUUAAACAGAAACUGCAUAGAAUAAGAGGAUAAAAGAAUUAGAAGAUGAACUUUUCGAAGCAAAGUAGCUUAUAACAAAGCUUUAAGAUGUAAAGAAUGCUUUAAAUAAAUUUAAUAUAGAUGGAAAUAAAAAUAGAGAACCAUAAAAUUCUUCGAUUUAAUAGCACUAUUAAUAGCCUUAAAAUUAAUUUUCCAAUUCAAAUGCAGAUGCAUAUAAAAGAUACGUAUAAUAAACUCCUUAAACAAUAAAAGAAGAUAAAUACUCUAAGUAUAGCAGAUAAAAUGAUGAUGAUGCAGAUGCAGAUGACUUUUGGUAUAUGGAUCAUUAAGAUGCAAGAAGUAAAUAAAAUAUAUCACCUAACAUAUAAAAAUCAAGCAAAAAAUGAAUUAAUUCAUUUUCUAUCGAAGUUUGAAAUUAUAAUAAAUAAAUAAAUUAAAAAAAAAUGUAAAAAUUAAUCCUAAUUUAUUUUUUGUAAAUUAUUUUUAAUUUAAGUGUAAAUAUUUACAUAAAUUUUUUCUGGUAUUUAUUUUCUUUUAUAAUUUUUAAGAGAUAAAAUUAUUUUUAAAAUCCUAAAAUUAAAUACCAUAAAUCAUAAAAAAAAUAUAAUUUUCUCAAACGAAACCAUGUAAAUAUUUUGGAUUUAAAGAGUAAAAAAAUUAGACAAAGCUCUGUUUCAUUUGCAUUGA